GAGUGCGCCAGUGUGUGUCUGUGUGGGGAGGGCCGGGGUGGGGAGGGGGUUGGUUUUGCUCGUGGUGGUCGUGAGAUGUGUCUGGGUGUGCUUCAGCCCCUCUCUCCCGGGAUCCAGGAUGUGUGUGCUGGGGGGAAGCAGUGGAAAGGGUGUUGAAGGAAGGUGACAAUCAGCUUCGUGGAGGGCACUGACAGGCCAUUAUUCCUGUGGCUUGGCAAGUUUUCUGUUUGAACUUAUUUCUUGUUAAGGGUCCAAGUGUACCGACUAUGGGAAUAAGAAAAGAAGAAUAGCUCUGAACAGCUGAAGCUCUGUGAGGUACAAAAGAUUUUUCUGGCCCAGAGAGACUUGAGUAUGGGAUUUGAGACACACCUCCACACCCUUUCCCAGAGGCAAUUGUUUAAAGGUAUGUUGUUCCUAAGGAGCUGCCUCAUCUGGAAUUUGUGAUACAAAGAACAAUGUAUAGCCAGUCAGUGGCUUAUGGAUUUUAAUGUAAAUUUUUGAUGAAAAUUUUAGGAACUGCGUCUUUUCUCAAAAUCCACUUGUAAUGGCUACUAAUUGGAGUGUAUAUUCAGGGCAACUUUAUGCUCUCAGGUAGGUAUCCUGAACAUGUGCCCUUGAAUAUGCUUUUGAAAAUAGAUUCUGACUUUUUUAUUAUGAUGGGUUGACAGGGGACUGGCCUGGGACACCUGCCUGGAUGUAAAUACCCCAACCAUUAGCUGCCCUGCCCAGCAGAGGAGGCGGGUGGACAGCAGGUCCCCUUUGGUCAGAAACACAUGCAUUGCGUAGUUGUUCUACAGCUGGGUCCUGCUUGCUAGGACAGUCCCACAGGCGCACCGGAAUGCACAGGCAGCCUCCCCUUUCCACCCGCCAGCAUUCCCAAGCACGCCUCGGCUUCUGACUGGUCUGUGCUUUGGGAGGAAAACUCAUCUUCAGGUUUCUCUCCAACAGAAGAUGAUGAUGAUGCUGUUCAGACACUCAGGAAAAAAGAUUGCAGAUUGGCUUAAGAGUGCGCCCUUUAUUAAAGAUGGUAUACAUGUAAAGACAUGGAACAAUUUUGGAAGGAUACAAAAAAAAUUGCCCAUUUUAUUAAUAGUCUCAUUCAACCCCUUUGCUGACCUCAUCUCCUGUCACUCAUAACCAAAGGAGGAGGGUCCUGGAGCCCUGUCCAAUCAGGGACAUUGACGUGGGAAUUGUCCAAUCAGGAGCGCAGCUUGAGAGGCAGAGGCGGUUUCCGGGAUCUGGCGGGGCCUUUGUCUUGCGCUCCAGUUGGAGCUUCGGUCGCGUCUUCUCCGCUAUUUAUCCUCACCUGCGGGAGGCCCUGGUGACUCUGCUGCUGCAGUGUCUGGUUUCCCUGUGACCUGCAGGUGCUGGGAGUUACGUAGCUAAGAUGCCAGGACACACCGAAAUCCGGAAAACGGGACUAUUGGCAUUCAGUGAUGUGGUCAUAGAAUUCUCUCCAGAGGAGUGGGCAUGUCUGGACCCUGCCCAGCGAAAUUUGUAUAGGGAUGUGAUGUUCGAGAACUACAGAAACCUGGUCUCCCUGGGUCUUGCUAUGUCUAAUCCAGACCUGGUCACCUGUCUAGAACAAAGAAAACAGCCUGGGAGUUUAAAGAGACAGGUGAUAGUAGCCAAAUUUCAGGAUGGAGUUUUGCUCUUGUUGCCCAGGCUGGAGUGCAAUAGCACGAUCUCAGCUCACUAUGACCUCCACCUCCCGGGUUCAAGCAAUUCUCCUGCCUCAGCCUCCCAGGUAGCCAAGAUUACACAUGUGCCACCAUACCCAGCUAAUUGUAUUUUUAGAAGAGACGGGGUUUCACCAUGUUGGCCAGGCUGGUCUCAAACUCCUGAUCUCAGGUGAUCUGCCCGCCUCAGCCUCCUAAAGUGCUGGGAUUAUAGACAUGAGCCACUGCUCUUAGCCCCUUUCUUCACAUUAUUGUCAAACCGUUAUCUCACUUUUUAAUAUAUAUGUAUUAGUCAUCUUAAGUGUGAAGUGAUAUUUCAUCAUGGUUUUGAUUUGUGAUUGCCUGAUGAUUGGUGAUAGCCCUCUGAUAUAUCUGUUGGCAUUUGUAUGUCUUCAUUGGAACAAUAUCUAUUGGGUCUUUUGCCUGCUUUUCAAUUUUAUUAUUAAUAUUAUGAUUAUUAUUGUGUUCCUUUUGAUUUCUAUGAGUUCCUCAUAUAUUGUUGAUAUCUACCUUUUAUUUGAUUUAUGGAUUGCAAAUAUUUUCUCCCAUCCUGCAGAUUUUCUUAUUUUAUUGUUUUUCUUGCUGUACAGAUGCUUUUUAGUUUCAUGCAGUCCAACUUGUUAAUACUUGCUUUUGUUGCCUGUACUUUUGAUGUCAUAUCCAAAAAAUCAUUACCACAACCAAUAUCAAGUAGUGUUUAAAAUAUAUUUUCUUUUAAGAUUUUUAAGGAUUUCUAUCUGGCAUUUAAGUCUUUAUUUUGAGUUAAUUUCUUGGUAUCGUGUAAGAAAAAAAUGGUCUAAUUUCACUUGCAUGAAGAUAUUCUUUUUGCCCAGCAUCAAUUAUUGAAGAGACUAUCUUUUGUACACUGUGUAUUCUUGACGCCCUUGUUAAAGAUUCAUUGACCUUAUAUGCAUGGGUUUAUAUCUGAGCUCUCUAUUUUGUUCCAUUUUUGUAUCAGUUUUCGUGUUUAUGCCAUCCUACUCUUACUACCAUAGUUUUCAAAUAGAGCUUUAAAUCAGAAAGUAUGAUGCCCCCGGCUUUGUUAUUAUUUCUCAAGAUUGCUUUCACAAUUCAGUGUCUUGUAAUGCUAUAUAAAUUUUAAAAUUUUAUUCUAUUAUUUUUAAAAAUGCCAUUGUAAUUUUGAUAGGAAGUUUAUUGAAUCUCUUGAUUGCUUUGGAUAAUAUGGCACUUUACAAUAAUUAGUCUUCCAAUUCAUAAACAUUGGGUAUCUUUAC